GUUUCCCUCUGCUCUCGGCCGUACUGCUUUCACUCUCGAUGGCGAAAGGUCGGAAGGGCUUCUUCGACCGAGCAGAACAACGAGGUUCGGAGUUGGAUAAGACAGGGAUCGAUGGCAAACCUGUCCACAAGUCUCUUGAAGACGGAACAAAGAGACGAUACAGAGAUGCUAUGAACAUAUGGGCUGACUAUUGUACUAAAAACCACAAAGACCCCGUUAAAGAUGCUUACGAUCUAAAAACUCUCAAACACUUUACUAAGGGAAUCGUCUGGGGACUCGAUGGCUGUGAGGGAGAAGAUGAUCUUCCCUCGGCAAAAUCCGUCAGACAAGUGUGGAAAGACUUUACGGCCCAGUUCCGCCGGCAGAAUGACCCCAUUCCUCGCAAUACGACGCUUUCUGUUACGAACUGGAUCAAAGAGCAAAUCAAGAAACGUGGUCUGCCUGCUUCGAAGCGGCUUCGCCGUUACGCGUCGGAUAACCACUUGGUUCAUCUGGGGACCCAGCUCUGGGAGCGCGAUUGGUUUGAAUAUAAGCGUCCUGGGAUCCGGGUAUCGACAUGGUCUGAGACCCUCGAUUACGGCUUUACCUCUGCACGGGUGGGGGAGUAUCUCGAGUCAACUGCCCGUGCCAAUUCCGGGCGUGGUCUAUACCAUCGGGAUAUUAUCUUCAUCGUCUUCCGGAACGAGCAUGGAAAGCCCGAGUUCGCUGCCCAGCUUACGCGGGACGCAAAGGGCAUGACGUGGACACCAGACAAAAGGCCAGAACAGGCGAUCCACGAAGGCUCGGAGCCACGACCUUUCCUCUUAAACCCGAUUCUCCCGAAACUAGCAAUGUGUCUAGCGCGAGGUGCCUUUCGAGACUAUAAAACGAUAGACGACGUCUUCAAUAUUCCGGCGCCACCCGAAAAGGAAGUCUAUCAACUUUUCUGGGAACCCGGCAUUUGCAACUGUCCUUUCUAUGAAGGCGCUACAACCGAGAUUGAGAAGGCAAACUCGUAUAGUACGCGACUGAACGAUUUAGGUCGCCGUGCGGACUAUAUGAAGCCACCCACGAUCCAUGACUUUCGAGCUGAAGGGCUUCAUCUCAUCGAUUCCCUUUAUUCAGCAGCACAGAGAAUGGGCCACGGGGGGCAAUGGAACGAACGCACUCACCGCCAGCAUUACCAGCCUAAUAACCCUGGCACCGAUGGCCAAGAUGCAUACCUCAGAGGGAAGAUUCGGACUAUUGUAGCUGACCUGUUUCGUGGCAUGACGGUAGCUCGCAAUCCCGAUCUCUUUCACUGUCUACCGGCGGAGCAGAAGGCGGAGUUGGAAGCGAGCCCCGAAUUUACCUCGAUGGACAACGAACUCAAACUCUUGAAAACGCAGCCUCCAUCACAGGACCGCGACCGACGCCGCCGUGAGAUCUACAGGAAUAGGCAGAAAAUGAGAAAAAAGGGACUUCGUCACGCGCAGAAGACUCAACCAUGUGAACGACCCUGGGAAGCCAGGGCUGAAAUCCGAUCCAUCGGGGGCUACCGGUCCCGCUUCCAGCGUAUCCGCCACCUAAUGCCCGAACGAAGCCGCCUGGCGACGAGCAUGUUCGAGGUUGGCUGUCUGAGAAGCUCCGAAGGUCGUCAGGUCCUUCAAGACAUGAUCGCCCUCUGCAAACAGGAGAAGGAGGUGACCGUCAGACUGGGGUUGGAGCCCGACAAGUGUCAUUGCCACCCGACUGAGUUAAGCGUGGAGCUAGCUGCGUGUGCCACCCCCAAGAGACCUGGCCCCCACAGGGCGUUUCGACGUUGGCCAAGUAAAGCUGGCUUAGGGGUGGCUUUGUCUUCGCCUCCCAAUUCGGCCACACCGAGCUGGAAGCACAUCUAUACGUGUCACAAGCAAUACCUUUCGGGAACGAACGGCUUUGCAGAGUUGUGCUCCCUCUGUAACCGCUGGAUCGUCGGGUUGGAUGCAUGGGAGCAGCAUUGUCAAAGCCACCUCGUCGCGCCUCAGACAAUCCCCGUCCAGUGCGAUCCGCUCAUUUAUGGCGGUACCCUAGGCGCUUUCGGUUAUUGCCCGAUCUGCCUAGGCAACACGGAGCUGUCGGCGAGAGAUCGAAUGCAACAAUUCUCAAGACUGGAUUAUUGGAUAUCUCAUGUGACCAAAUGCACCGAAGAGCUGGAUCGGAGAAGCGCAGUAGGUUGCUCAAUUCCUUGGUGUGAUAUCCCAUGCGAGAAUGCCCUGAGGCGGCGAUAUCACCUCCAGGACGUCCACUGCGCGCAGUUCAACAAGGGAUUCAAGCGAUCGUCUCAGGAUGUGAUGGCAGAAGAUAUCGACAGCGUACCCUCCUGUAAACGCGGCCGUCAGACUCUCAAUAACGAACUCACCGCCGGCCCUAUCGACCCUUCGAUCCCUACCGAGAAAUAUCAAUUUAUCGAUGAGACACCGGAAACCGGCAAACCGGCAAACUCGACUGCGGUCCGUCCGCGCGCAAUAGGAAAGCUGCGGAGGAAGCAGAGGUCUACUAAGCAGCCAAGUUCCCUCAUUCUCUCUGUGGUUUCUCUGCCGCCUCUUACCAACUGUCCGACAUAUGUCAAAGAUGAUAUCGCGCUGCCAAUGAUCUCAAAUAAGGUCUGUCCCGAGGUCGUUGCGGCUCCCGUGGAGUCAGCUCCCGUCACGCCGGUAAGAUCCUUGUCCAGCUCGCCGACCCUAUCGCAUUCAAAGGACACCGAAGUCACUCGAGACUCCACUGAAGAGUUUGAUGCAGUUACACUACGAAUACUCACAUCGCCCAAGAUUGUGAGUUCGACGCCACACUCUAACCUUCGCACUAGAAUAGCUCAAGAAUGCUCGGGCGAGCAUUCUCUUUUAACCUCAGACCAGGCUGAUCGGUCAGGUCCCAAUGUUCCCUUUUCUGUACAAGAAUCAUCGGACCUCAGUCCUGACGUUCAAUGUCUGGACCCUAAAGUCUUGGAGCCAAAGGUGGAGCUGCCAAUUUACCAUAGUCCGCAUGGACCUAUUCUCGUAUCAGACAGUGAUUCAGAAGCCACUACAACCUUGGAACGAUGCGUCAAUACGUCGUGUCAACGACCCCACCGCAAAGCCAAGGCAUCUUUGCCGCCGCGACGGCGGCUCGAGGGUUGGAAUAUACUGCACCAAAAUGCUUUCUCCGAGAUACACAAGCACCAAGCCGAGCUGCAGCAUGCAGCGGAACUGGAGUGGGUCAGGCGUGGAUAUCCUCGCAUCGGUUGGCGGAGACUAGAUGCGCGCAUUCGCAAAUUUCUUCCAGCUCUUGGCGGCAUAUUGGACGGAGAGAUCUCGUCACCGUUUCUCUCUCGAGUGAAGUUGGACAGAGAACGAAAGGUCCCUCGAACAAAUGGCAACGGAAACGGUGAAGCUGGCUAUUAUGGGCCCCGGGGAUCGCAAAUCAUGAGAACCCAGAUCAUUCGAAAAUUCGAGUCUCAAUUUCCGAGACAAAGACGUCGAAACCAGGCCUUGCGCCGCACGGGGUUCACGGACUUCGUCAGCAAGGUUUUGGUUCCGGAGCUAGCAGCCAAGUUGAUAGAGGAAGAUAUGGGAGUGGACGGUGGGAAGGCGCGCGAAAUUCUUCAUGAGAGUGCUGGCCUUGGAGGUAUUGUACAUAAGCUUCAUUAAAGCCAUCUCAUCCGUACACAGUUCUCCGACACUUGUAGGCGGGUGGAAUGAAGCGGGCUCUUGUUAAUAGACUUGAGGAGGAAGACCCACGAAGUUUGAUGUCGCGGCAAUUAUCUUGGGAAGGCUAG